AUGAAUUUGUACGACAAAGCGACUCUAGGGUAUGACAUUCGAAAGCACAGGGGACUCCUCACCGACCAAGCGCUGAACGAGAUAGUUGGUGGCCCACUGGUACUGGCUAGUACACCUGGUCUCGAACCUGCUACAGUAGCUCUUAUCCUUCGAAGCUCAUCACUCGGCAAUGUACUCAUCGAGACUAUCAACGAAGCUCAAACACAGCUCUCGGUACAGUCAGCCUCCAUGAUAUAUCUGGCUGUGUGCCAGAGUCUGUCACAGCUCCGUCUUGAGCGAAAGCAGGGUUUCUUUCUCAAGGACAUUCUGCAGAGACUACCUCCUAUGUUGGUUGCGGCACGCAAGGCUGGUGCCAUUGAAACAGGUGUCAAUUCCUCACCUGGUGCACCACUCUUGCCUACACCGAAUGACCGUAGUCAACAGCAGGUUGCACUUGCGAUGCGUGCACUGCUCUAUGUUGCGGCUCGAGUCUUCGGGCUGCCCAGCCCCACAGACCAACAGCAGCCAAUAGACAGAAGCGAACUUCUUGCGGGUGCUCAAAAACGCCUCUCGUCAUGGUUGGCAGUAUUCACAUCUGGUGAUAUUGCAACAAAAUUGGAGGUACUUCGACUUUGUGUUCGUGUCAGCGAUGCAGUACUGGAUCUGAUUGGAAGUAUUGAGUUCAUGUCUCUUGUCCUCUUCAUCGUUCGACAGACAAUCAUAGUAAGCAAGGGCCUUGGCAAUGCUGUUCCUCUGAUAGCGAGUGAAGAGCAGGCCAGGCUAGCAAGUGGCAUCUACAAUGCCGUCACUACUGCGCAGAGGGUCGGCAUGAAAUCUAUACAAGCCGACUAUUGGGAUGAUUUUCUUGUUCAAGGAACCAAAUUGUAUGAGCACCCAAGUGCUGGAAAGCUCAUACCACAUUCCGCGCAGGACUUAUCUCACACUACCAAAUCAGGUACAGCCAAGAAAGACCCGUUCAUCUACAAUCCUUUCUCAGAAAACAGGUCGGUCAGUGGUCAAUUAGUCCUAGUGAAGGAUUGCGUCGCAAGCUUCGAAGUCUUGCUGCAGAACCCGCUAGAGAUUGACAUUGAGAUUGAGAAGAUCUCCUUGCUCACUGAAGGCUGUGCAUUUGAACCACAAUUUCAUGGAGUCAUCGUUGGACCUCUGUCACUGGAAGUAUUCACUCUGACUGGAAUACCCAAAGCAACAGGAUCAUUAAAGGUUAUCGGCUGCAGAGCCAAAGUCAAGAACUGCACUGAGCGAGACUUUGCUAUAUUUGGGGGUACAUGGAGACCACCACACAUCGUUAAACGCAAACAGCUGUCGGACGUGCAAGUCGAUCUGCCAGCAAGCACGAUUCUUGAGCUGAAGGUCGAGAAUCGCUUGCCACAAUUACAAAUCAUUUCGACAUCAUUACUGCAACAGUCUUUGAUGCUGUUGGACGGCGAAAAGAGCACCUUCACCAUUACGCUGGAGAAUACUGGAGAUACUCCAGCGGAUCUUGUACUCUUCAGUUAUCAGGACUCUGUCUCGAAGCAGCUACAAGACGCUUUAGGGACCAAAGACCUCGUCCCGGCGGACACAUAUGAGCUUCAGCAUCAGCUAAGUUCCCGACCAGCCAUCAAAAGAGUUGCCCAGGAUGGACCUGGUCACAAUUCAGUAUUUGUCGAGGCAAUGUCAAAGCAGGAUUUCGAUUUCGAGAUUCUCGGCAAGCCAGGUCUGACUGAGGUUUCGAUUCUGAUUGAUUACGCAUAUUUGGGCAAACCAAGGAAUGAUAUUGAAGGCACUUUUUACACGAGACAGAUUCAUUUCGUGAUCAACGUUACAGUCAAUGCGAGUGUCGACAUGCCACGUUGCAACGUUUUGAGUAUGCCGCCUAACAGCAAUAUUGACUUUAACUCCAACAGUGAUAAGGAUCUUCCACCUGAGGCCAGUCACAAGAACGAGGUCGCUAACGAGCCUCAAUGUCUUCUUCAGCUCGACCUCCGCAGCAUCUGGCAAACCUCAAUAACAGCUACCGUCGAAACUUGCAUACCCAACUCAAAAGACGAACUAAAUGACCCCGAAUGGCAAGUAGCAACCACUCUUACAUUGCAACCAACACACACAGAGCGCGCCCUAGUCCUCAUUCCUCGAAUCUAUGUUUCCGAUCCUUUCGCUCCAAUUCCAAGCCUUGACACGAAACGUCAAUUCGUCGUCAGCGCCAGCAAAAUCACUCUCGAAGCUGAAUUAGCGUCUCGAGAAGCCUUCUGGUACCGCGAAGAACUCUGCAAGAGGUUACGAAUAACCUGGAAGGAGGAACACGGGAAGCGUACUGGUGAAAUUGAUGUUCGAAAGGGCAUUAGGUUUAGUGCGCGGAUGAUUGACGCGUUGAGAGUUGACCAUGUUCAGAUUUCUUUUGAUGUGAAGGCUGUGCAAGAUGAUGAUCAGGGUGCGGUUGUGCGGAACAAAGCAUCGGAGUUCGAGGUUAAAAGGAAUAUUUUCGCGACGUUGGUUGUGAAGGUGCAGAAUCUGACUCAGGAAGAACUGAAGUUAUUAUUGAGGUUGCAGCCAAGUCUGCAUGGCCAGCCGCAUAAUGUCGCCAUGGACCUGAGCAAGAAGUUUGUAUGGUCUGGUGUUUUGCAGAGGGCACUGAGGGGUGCAAUUCCACCUGGCGAAUCUGUCGAAGCAGAGCUAGGAAUUGUGCUUCUGGCAAGAAGUGUAUAUGAGAUUAACGCGACGGUAGAGGAGGUGAAGUCCGCACGGAGGCAGGCGACGGAAAGUGGUUUGACCAGCGAUAGGAGGAUCUGGCAUGCUCGUAGGCCCUGUUUGCUUCGUGCUGUGGAUUAG